AUGAAAGCUUUGGAAUUCCGCUCGGAAUGGUUGAGGGAGGCCCAGGAUGGAUCCAGAUGGGGGAUCCUGCUGGAAUCACAGGGAUGGAUCAGUCCAGAUGGGAGAUCCUGCUGGAACUACACGGCCCCCGCGCCGCCCAAGCACGGCGGCAAGAAGCAGCAGCACGGCGGCGGCCAGAAGGCCUCGUACGGCUCCGGCUACGGCACCCACCAGGGCCAGCAGCCCUACGGGCAGGGCCAGUACGGCGGCUACGGCCCCGGGCAGGGCAAGCAGAAAGGCUACGGCCACGGCCAGGGUGGCUACUCCUACUCCAACUCCUACAACUCGCCCGGCGGCGGCUCCGACUACAACUACGAGAGCAAAUACAGUUACAGCGGCAACAGCGGCCGCGGCGGCGGCGGCAACAACUACUCCGGGGGCGGCUCCUACAACUCGGGCUCCCACGGGGGCUACGGGGGCUCCGGGGGCGGGGGCUCCUCGUACCAAGGUGGAUACUCCUCCCAGUCCAACUACAACUCCCCAGGUUCCCAGAACUACAGCGGCCCCCCCAGCUCCUACCAGGCGUCCCAGGGUGGAUACGGCAGGAACGAGCACAGCAUGAGUUACCAGUACAGAUAAACCCCCGUGUCCCGCCGCGCUGCCCCCGGGAUCCUCCGGGUUUUAUCCCCCUUUUUUCCCCCCGCCCCGUUGCUCUGUGUGACCCGUCACCGGCGGCCGCCCCGCGCCCGCCGCCCCUGGGCCUCUAUUUAAUGGGUCGUAGUUGCCACGACGACUUGGUCUAAAUAGGAUUAUUAUUAUUAUUUUUGGGGUUUUAUUCGUUUUUGUUUUGUUUUGUUUUUUUUGGUUGUUUUUUUUUUUUUUUUCGGGGAAGUCAAUCCAAUUCUGGAGCCUUUUCCCAGGCCCCGGCUGGGGGACGGGCCCUCGUUGUUCUGCUUUUGUGAAGUGCGUUAAAAAGGAGCUUUUUUCGGUA